UGGAAUGUAACUUUUGACUUUUUUAACUGUGCAACUUUUAACCGCGAAAUAAACAAAAACUGCUGUAAAGCAAUUUUUUUUCAAACCUAAUAAGUUCAGCUAACAGUUCUUACAGCUAACAAUUUCAUUUCUUCAUUCAUUGAUUAAAUCGUCGAAUAUUUAUAAAGUGAACAUAUAGUAGAACCAUGGCAGAAAUAAUUUAUCCACCAAAUAUUCCUCCUGGACAUAUAUUCGUUAAUGAUAAAUGGAAAGACACAGACUUACUUAGAUCAUUAAAAAGACGUGCACAAAUUGUGAUUGUGGAUUCUAUGGACUUCGUAGAUUUUUAUCCUGCUACGGAAUUUGGAGUUAUAUUUGUAACAGAAGCUGAUUUAGUGGCUGAAACCAACUACAAAAGAAAUUUAGCUAAAUUAAAAAAGGCUAAUUUUGAUAGAAGUGCUGUGCUUGUAGAAAAAACAGCUAUUAGUGGUCAAUAUUUCUACAAUAUGCAGAAGUUUACUGUCUUAGAAUUAGGCUUAGGAAUUAUUCCAGUGACAGGAAUAGAAGAAUGUACUCAAGUCCUUAUUUCCAUGGUACGAAUGGGAAGUGAAGAUAAAACUAUAUUCAGAAUGAAGGGGAGAGUUCCUCCUUUAGAAACGUAUCUCCUGAAGACACUUUUAGCAGUUCCAUCUUUGGGAGAAACAAAAUCACAAGCAAUCCUCUUAAAAUUCAAAAGUUUAAGAGGUAUUUGUAAUGCCAGUGAAGAGGAUUUAGCCAAAGUAAUAGGUCCCAGUAGUGCGAAACAAGUGUAUAAUUUCUUUCAUAAUUGUUAAUUUAAUCAUGUUGAAUAACAAAAAUAUGUUUAUAAUUUGUGUAAAACUUUCUAUAAGCAACAGUGCCUUUUAAAAAAAUUUAAAACGUAAUACAUUUAUAACUUUUGAAAUUUAUAUGAAUGUUUUUUUACAUAAUUAUUUAACUGGAAUUUUUAAAAAGAAUCAUAAAUCUUCUCAGACAUAUCUCUGAUGCAUUGGAAUUUCUCACAAUUUAAUAUAAUUGUUGCUUUGUAUAGCAAACUAUGUUAUUCAUUGGAAAAGAGGUAUGGAGAGGAAAAUUUCUUCCCAAAUUUAUCAGAAUAGAUACCUUUAAGAAAACCUGUAUUUUAUUUUUAUCAAACAUGUAUGAAUUCUGAUCUUCAAAGUAAAAAAGUUUUCUUGCAACUA